AUGGGGGGGGGGGGGUGGACAACGGAGACUCCGGUUUCAGAGUUUCUGACAAAAGCUGUGGCCGCCCAGAGAAGUCCCAGUAGGGAGAAGGAUCCCCUGGCCGUGGACUCCAGGACUGCGUUACCAGGCGGGCGCAAUCGGGCGUCGUGUGGGCCCACGGCUGGCAGAGGAGACCGCCGCGCGAGUCCGCCCCGCGGAACCGGCGUUUUCAGCAACCGUCCAGCCGGAAGCCUGCACAGCCAAUGCAAAUACGCCCCGCCACGGCUCCUUUCCCGAAAAGCCGCCUUCCACAAUCUUUUCUGCGACAAGCAUUUAGCGAGAACAACGCGCGCUGCUGCAAGGAAGAGCUUCCGAAGAGGAAUCCGGGCCGCGCAGAGCUGUUCCCGCCCUCCCAGCGGAGGCGCGGGCAGGAAUCCGAAACGGCCUCGGCAGCCGCGGCAGCAAGCACUCAGCCUUCCCGCAACGCUCGCUCCACGUGGAAGAAACGCCCCAAACUGCGCUUCCCGCUACCUGCAGCGUCCGCCCGCCCGGCCGAGUGUUUUGGUGCUGGUGGAGCGAACUCACGCCCCUAGCCAGCCUUCUCAGAGACUCGUGCCAAGAGUACUCGUUCACCAGCACCGCCCCUUUAAGAGAUUUCGACUGCAGACAUUUUUAAACUUUUUAAAGGCUCUGGGGAGGGCGAUUCUAGCUGCGACCCCGACGCGAAAGCCCCUGCGCCAUGGAGUCGAGGCUGCACCAGUCGCUCGCCUGUUUGCCCUGACAGCGUCAGGCAUUUCGACUACUCCAGGCCCUUCUCUUUGGGGUAAAGAAGUGAGAGCAAGGCUGGUUAAGUUGCAGAGGGGUCCUGCAGUGGCGACUGUGAUUCCUGCCAAAGCGCAGAGAGCAAAAGGAGAUUCCAUGGAUGCAAAUAUGGACCUCUGCGACGCGCUGGGCAGACACACACAAGCCGCCUCUGACCUCGAUGGGGCAAAGAAAGACCGGCCAGAAGGAACACACAGAGUGACGAGAUCAAAAGGUCUAUCUGCCCGUAUGGGUAAAAGGCUGUCCAUGUUUCCCAUCUGCCUGCAGCUGAGGCCAAAAUGUCUUGGGGGAUUCACUAUAUAUCCUGACUUAGGCCAAGUCAAAGCAACCCUGUGUGCUUGCCUAGUCUGGGAGGCGUUGCCCCGAUCUGAGCCACUGGUUGACUACUCCACUGCAGCAGCAGAGCCACCCCCUCAGCCCCACCUCUAUAUCAACCUUGGGCUCAUCCCUCCCACCGGGAAUUACACCUUUCUGGUGCCAGAACAGAACAGUAACACAAUUAGGUUUCCAAACUCAGUCGGGAGCCAAAGCCAGAAUCUUCCCACACUUAGUUCCUGGAUGCUCCAGAACAGCCAAGAACUGCGGGGUGCACCACCCACCCUGGUUCAUAGAUCCCCAACCCACAGCACCUCCCAGGGUGCUAGGAUUGAGCUCUAGGUCCCCAGUUAAAGUGAGAGAGAGGCCAGACCUGGUUUGCUGCAGUCACACUGUCAGGUUCCACCUUUCGGCUUCUUUCUGGAAUAAAAUGGGGCUUCUACUUGGCAGAUGAAGAGAACUACUUUAUGUGGUGUGGGGACUGCAUGAGCCUCCCAGGGCCUACUGAUAUCAAACAUGCAAAACUCUUAAAAUGCAGAGCCAAGGUUUUCCCCAAGGGUUCAUGAGCCAAGAGCAGCAUCACAGCCACUAAAAAAUGGUAAAAUGGCAACCUACCUCUCUGUCCUUCCCCUCAACUGAAGUUCCCUGAAGAGCUUCUACCAAACUAAUCAACCAGGAAAUAGAGCUUAGGUGGGUUAGACUGGGAACUGCCAUAAAGACCUUUUAGGAGGUCUGCAUAAAAUGAGACCAAAGCAGGGGGAAAAAAAAAAAAAGCAUAUUAUUUAAAGAUGAUAUUUAAAACCAAGAUGUUAAUAUACUGAAGCAUUAGAAGUGAUCUCUGGCCCUAAAACCUGCUUCCCACAGUUCCUAAAAAUGUCUAACACAUCUAGAUCCUUGAAAAUAUGUGUGUGCUUCUAUGUAAGGGUGUGUGGUAUGGUGUGAGUUUCAGUAGAAAUUAUUGUAAUUUUUAAAUGUGUACUGAGCAACUCCUAGAGAUGGGAACAGCCUAGAGAUGGUGAACAAAGGUUUUUACUUACCUUUGUAUCACCAGAACCAGGCACUUAGUAGGCAUUCAAUAAAUGCCAGUGAGCUAAAUUAAUGGUAAAUCAAAUCAUGCUCAGCACACUAAAAUCAUAGACUGCUCACAAGAAGAAUGUGAAAAUAAAUGCAUAGUUUUAUUUGUCACAGUAAACUUUUAGGUUUCUUUUCAGUAAUUUGUUUUCCCAGUUAUUAGCAUUUUUCUGGUUAUCUCCUUUAGGAAAUACUUAUCUUCCAAAUUCAGAAGCCAUUAGUUCAUUGCUUAUACUCAAAAUUAAAACUAAUUAUAUAUUUUUAACAAGGGGUCAGAUUUUCCAAGGGCUUAAACACCUCCUGGACUACAAGUGAAUGUACUUUCAGAAGCCACAUUAAUUGGGACCAAAGGAAGACCACCUGAAUGAAAUAAAGAAAUCACUCAUCCACUAGAUGUCUAUAAUUAAUAUACCUUUCAAAAAUAGCUACUCUUGUGACUAAGAAUGAACUUGGUUAUAAUGAGAAUCUGCUUAAUUAUGAAUUUUAUCCACAGUUUUUGUUAGUAACCCAACCAUUCAGUAAUUUCUUGGUGGCCUAAUUAAUUACUUUAACCAGUAUUCAGUGUCUUCACCAGAACCUGUUUGUAGUAUAAAAAUCAAACCCAACAAAACAGUGUUUCUUUUCUUACUUUGUGAGGAAACCCAUCUCUCUAGUCUGGCCACUGAAACUCUAGCCAUGUCCAGCCUGAGGACAUCUAGACAAAUAAAGUGAUUCAGUAACAUUUCAGGAGUCCCAGACAGUCCUGACUGACUCUGAGAUGACUUGUUUAGUCCUUUGGUCUAGUUUGGGUAUAAAUCUACACAGGGCUACUCUUUCCAAAUAGGACCUCCCUCCCCAUAUCACAGUUCUUCUCUUACCUCUCAUCUAACCCUAAUUAUAUUCUGUAAGUAGCUCAUUGUUAAUGUGUAUAUUGAUGUUUCUAUCCUAUCUUCUGUGUGCCAGGUGAUAACAAUCUAUCUCUCUUCUGCCUUAGAUUGUAAUUUGCUAGGGAAUAAGAAUUGGGACUCUAUAUAAAAUAUGAAUUAUUGGGAAGUAGAUGCAUUGAAAUCUCUCCUUGGAAAUGCUCUGCCUGGUGUUACUGAAUGGUCCUUGGUCCUUAUAGAUAAAUUAUUUUGCUUACUGGGAGUCUAAGUUUCCAUAUCUGUAAGAAAUCUUGAAGAUUAACUGGUCCAGUGAUUUCUAAACAAUAGGAUUUCAAAAUAAAUAUUAGUGUGGAAGAACCAACAUAUUUGCCAAAUUUUUAUUUUGUCUAGUAAGAACCUUA